AUGGCUUCCGACGACCCCAAGUUCGACGACAUCGAGUCCGAGUCCGACUCUGGCGAGUCCAACAUUGACAACCACGGCGAGGAUGAGCAGGAGCUCAAGAGCGCCCUCAAGAAGUCCUCCAACCCCGUCACCGCCGAGGCGCCUGCCGUCCAGCGCCCGACGCUGCCCCCUCAAACCGACCCCAAGGAUCUCGACGUCAAGACCCUGAACCCCCUCACAGCCGAGAUCAUCGCGCGGCAAGCGACAAUCAAUAUUGGCACCAUCGGUCACGUCGCUCACGGAAAGUCUACCGUCGUCAAGGCCAUCUCCGGUGUCCAGACUGUUCGUUUCAAGAACGAGCUGAUCCGCAACAUUACCAUCAAGCUGGGUUACGCCAACGCCAAGAUCUACCAGUGCGACAAUCAGGAGUGCCCUCGUCCCGGAUGCUUCAGGAGUUACAAGAGUGAGAAGGAGGUCGACCCGCCAUGCGAGCGCGAGGGUUGCGAGGGCACCUACAGGCUGCUGCGACACGUCUCCUUCGUUGACUGCCCUGGUCACGACAUUCUCAUGAGCACCAUGUUGUCAGGAGCCGCCGUCAUGGACGCCGCUCUUCUGCUGAUUGCCGGCAACGAAACCUGCCCUCAGCCCCAGACGUCCGAGCAUCUUGCUGCCAUUGAGAUUAUGAAGCUGGACAAGAUCAUCAUCCUCCAGAACAAGGUUGACCUGAUGCGUCCCGAGGCCGCCCAGCAGCACUACCAGUCCAUCCUGAAGUUCAUCCGUGGCACUGUGGCCGGAAAGUCGCCCGUCAUCCCCAUUUCCGCCCAGCUGAAGUUCAACAUUGACGCCGCCCUCGAGUCCAUCGUCAACACGAUCCCUGUGCCCGUGCGCGACUUCACCAUGGACCCCCACAUGAUUGUCAUUCGCUCCUUCGACGUCAACAAGCCCGGUGCCGAGAUUGACGAGCUCAAGGGCGGUGUCGCCGGUGGCUCCAUCCUGCACGGCGUGCUCAAGCUCGGCGACGAGAUUGAGAUCCGCCCCGGCAUCGUCACGCGCGACGAGAAGGGCGCCCUCAAGUGCACGCCCAUCUUCAGCCGCAUCGUGACCCUCAACUCGGAGUUCAACGAGCUCAAGUACGCCGUCCCCGGCGGCCUCAUCGGCGUCGGCACCCGCAUCGACCCCACCCUCUGCCGUGCCGAUCGUCUGGUCGGCUUCGUCCUCGGCCUCAAGGGACGCCUGCCCGAGAUCUACAGCGAGAUCGAGAUCAACUUUUACCUCCUCAAGCGCCUCCUCGGUGUCCGCACCGCCGACGGCAAGCAGGCCAAGGUCGCCAAGCUGGCCAAGAACGAGGUCAUCAUGGUCAACAUUGGCUCCACCUCGACCGGCGCAAAGGUCGCCGCCAUCCGCAACGACGCUGCCAAGCUCAUCCUUACGAGCCCGGCGUGCACCAACAUUGGCGAGAAGGUCGCCCUUUCCAGGCGUAUCGAGAAGCACUGGCGUCUCAUCGGCUGGGCCACCAUUGCUGCCGGUGUUACCCUUGAGCCCAGCACGUCUUAG